AUGAUGCAGGUCAAAAAAGAACAGGCACUCAUUCUGUCACUGCUUAAUGCCAAAAAGGUUGACUUUAAAGAAGUUGACCUGUCUGACAUUUCCAACGAACCUGAGAAAUGUUUAUUAUUUGAAGAGCUGAAGAAAAAAGAUAAACCUUUGGUUCCGCCACACAUUUUCCUUGAUGAGGAAUAUCUCGGAGGCUAUGAAGAAUUUUACGAGGCCUUGGAAAUGGAAGAAUUGGAAUCUUUUUUAAAAUUGCCUGGAGAAAAACCUAAGCCGUUCUCAGCAUUGAUGGGUAGCAGCGCCAGUGAGGCCGAGAGUGAGGAGGAGGAUGAAGAGAAGGAUAAGGAGUCUUCGGGUAAUGAAGAUAAGUCUGAUAUUUCUAAGGAGGAAGAAAAGAGUGAAGCUGAUGAAGAAGAGAAGAACAAAGAUCAAAAAGAGGAAGAAAAGGUUUCAGAUGAAAGUCUUGAGGAGAAAGUUGGUGCAAAUGGAGACAGUCCCACAGAACACCAGAGGAAAACUUCUGAAGAUGAAGAUUCGGGGAAUGAGGAAGAAGAAAAAAUAAAUCCCUCGUCAGUCAAGGAUGUUGAGGGCGAAGCAAAGCCUUCGAAAGACUCUGAUGAAAGUUCGGAAGACUCGUCUGGAGAAUCCGAAGCCAAAAAAUCCAAAACAGAGUCGGAUAGUGAUUCAUCAAAACGUUCAGCUUCAUGCGCUCGAAAGGAUUCUGAAAGCUCAUCAUCUGGAGAAUCUGAGGCCAAGAAGUCGAAGACAGACUCGAACGGCAGUUCACCAAAGCCCUCUCCACCAGAUUCUCGAAAAGCAUCUGUUGAUUCUAAAGCCAAGAAUUCAGAAGGGAAAUCCGACAGUGACUCAUCAUCAAGUCACUCAGAGCAGCCUGCAGGAAAGUCUAUGGAGAUUAGAAAGGAGAACACAACGGAGUCGGAAGACUCAAGCGCAAAUGAGUCUGAAUCAUCUUCAGACUCUGAAUAA